CCUUCAGCGAAAGUCAAUUACCUACCCAGCCUCCUGGAGGUUACAAGGAAGAGCACCUUGAGGUGAAACAGAGGAGACAUGAGGGGGACGGCAAGGAAAGGACUUGGGCUGUUUGUUUUUAGUGCAAUUCUGGUGUCUGCUCAUGCCCUCAUUGUGGAAGCACCUGACAAGCAAAUCCAGGUGGCAAGAGGAAGCAACGUUACCCUGCGCUGUAAUUUUAAAACAAACACAGUCACUGACAGAGGAGACCUGGUUGUCUGGAAGAAAAUCAAUAGCAAGGAGGAUGCCGUGACGAGGUAUUUUGAUGGGCUCGUGCAGUACGGGGAGAGCUACGAGCACCGCAUCCAGUUCAGUGGCAAUGUCGACAGCGGGGACAUCAGCAUCACCAUCAGCACCGUGACCAUGGAGGACAACGGGACCUACGCCUGCAGCGUUCGCCUCCGGAACGACCCGCCCCGCCAGUCCGCGCUCCUGGAUCUCUUCGUCCUCGUUGCACCAUCCAAACCUGAAUGCAAGAUUCUGGGGACAACACAAUAUGGACAGACAAUCAACCUAACCUGCGUUUCUCAUGAGGGCUCCCCAGAGCCCAAAUACACCUGGAAAGGCUUCAAUGUACAAAAUGAGCCCCGUGUGCUGCCAAAUGCAGAAGGGCAGCAAAUAACUUUGACGAACAUCUCAGCAGACACCUCUGGCUUUUACAUCUGCACUUCAACAAACAUUGUGGGAACAGAAUUUUGCAACAUGACAGUCAGCGUUGUGCCACCAUCCAUGAACAUAGCUCUGUAUGCUGGCAUCAUUGGGGGAGUUGUUGCUGCCAUUGUGGUGAUUGGGAUCAUUGCCUACUGCUGCUGCUGCCGGUCAGGCAAAGACACUGACUACGAGAUGACGGUGCAAGAAGACAGAAGUGAACCCUCCAGGCAGACGCCAACGAGGCAUGAGAGGCAUGAGAGCACAGAGGAGGACGUGGAGAACGUGUGAAUAAAGAAGCCACUGCCAUCUCCAGGAUCUGCUGAGGCACAGACAUCACUGUAGAAAAGAAAUCAACCCCUUUCUUACUGCAAGAAGUUGAAUUAUAAAAUGAAAGCCAAAGGCUCUGCCUUCAAGUUCUGUGAGAAAGCAUUCUUGCUUCCCUGGAAAGAAGUGCUUGGUGUACAGUGAGCACUACCACACACUCUCAUAGCAGAAAAAUGCACGUGGAGCACUGCUGCACCCAGUCAUCCAAAAAUAACCAGUCUUCCAGACUUCCCACUUUCUGAAAAAAGAAACCAGUCAGGUCUAUUUGGAGAACAGAGGAAUAGAGUUGCUGAUGUAUCCCCAGAUCCACAAAAGGUUUCAAGGUCACCAACUUCGACUGAUCAAGGAAGGGUGAUUUUGUUCACUGUGUCAUGCAAAUGUCACAGCUUUCACCGCUGUCCAACACAGAAACUUUUUUCAUGGAAGUUGAAGCAAGACGAUUUUUAAAGGCAUUUUAUUAAAUGGGUUA